GGAGCGUCCCAGCCUGCGCGGCUGCUUUCAAACAGUUAAACUUCCGGCCCCAUGUCAAUCUGCUUUACUGUCUAUCUCAGGUUUAAUAAUAGAAAAUUUCAAUUUUCCUAGAAAUUUCCAGGAGGGGGGCCUUGUGUAUUAACCAAGCAGUUAAAAGCUCGACAGAGUCGCAUGUUUUUUUGCUAGUUGGCGAUAAAGUCACGGAAAAUAUUGGAAAAAUCUCCACAUUGACUCACGCAGUACUUCCGAUAAAAUGGCCCUCGUCGCUCUCUCUCGCCGCGCCGUCGUUUCUUUCCAAAGCCCAUUCUCAGGUCAGUGCUCGCGUUUGCACUUUGGUUUUGCUACUUCAGUUUUAAGGAAUUUCUGCUCGAAAAUGGCCCUUCCAAAGGUUUUCUUCGACAUGACCGCCGACGGUCAGCCCCAGGGACGGAUUGUUAUCGAGCUCCGUCCCGAUGUGGUGCCCAAAACCGCUGAGAACUUCCGCGCCCUUUGUACUGGCGAAAAGGGGUUCGGCUACAAGGGCUCCACUUUCCACCGAGUCAUCCCCAACUUCAUGUGCCAAGGGGGCGACUUCACCGCCCACAAUGGCACCGGCGGGAAGUCCAUCUACGGCAACAAGUUCGAGGAUGAGAACUUCACCCUGAAGCACACUGGACCUGGAGUGAUGUCCAUGGCUAAUGCCGGUCCUGAUACCAAUGGAUCCCAGUUCUUCAUCACCACAGUUAAAACGUCCUGGUUAGACAAUAGGCAUGUGGUGUUUGGUUCAGUGGUGGAAGGCAUGGAUGUAGUGAAGAAAAUCGAGGCCAUGGGCUCCCAGUCAGGCAAAGCCAACAAGAAAAUCGUUGUUGCUGACUGCGGCCAAUUGUAAAUGUCCAAUUUGUAUACCGUGAAAGGAUGCACCUAUUGAGUACCUUUCCACUUUUCAAGUUCAAGUAACACCGACUUUAACCAUUCAGUUUACCGAAAUAAUCUCUAGAUCUAAUUAGGUGCAUAGUAACAAGGAUUUUCCGUUAGUUUAACAUCAGUCAAUGUGAUCUGAUUGACGCUGUUUGCGUUUUUAUUCUAGUGAUAAACGUUUGCAUUUAAUUUUUUUUACCAUUGGUUCGCGUCAAGGUGUUAAUAAAUACAACAUUAAAUUAA